CAAACACUUGAAAAUGAACAGUUCAGAAAAUACUAGACUUGCAGUGGAAGCACUUCCUUUGUCUUUCGUUCAUUUGUGCCAUACUGGUGACUGCUUUUGCAUUUCUGGUUGAAUGCAAUUUACUGCAUAUGACUGAUAUUGCAUUUCUGGCUGAAAGCAAUUUACUACAUGUAGUGGAUUUUAUUUUUUGUACCCCAUGUAAUAAUACAUGUACCACUGCUUUGAGCUGAGUUAAUUCCAGAGAUUUUACUUUUGUUUCUUGGUGUCUUCCGUCAUGGGGGACAAAAUUGACACACCCAAUUAUCAACGACAGUCUACUGUUGUCCGUGCUACGAACGUCAAGUUUCAGAGCAGCUUCGUAACAAGAGACAAGCGCGGUCAAGUGCUGGGAAGUGAAUUUCGUGGAUGCACAGUAUGGUUUACGGGCCUGUCUGGAGCUGGAAAGACCACUGUGAGUUUCGGCCUGGAGUCCUACCUGGCAUCACGUGGAAUAUACUGCUAUACGUUAGAUGGAGACAAUGUGCGGCAUGGCUUGAACAAAGACCUUGGCUUCACGCCAGAGGAUAGAACAGAAAACAUCCGUCGCAUCGGCGAGGUAGCGCGCCUGUUUGCUGAUGCAGGACUGGUAUGCCUGAGCAGCUUCAUCAGUCCGUUCCGUGAGGACCGCGCACAGGCUCGGCGCAUUCACGAAGAGAAUGGUCUGCCGUUCGUUGAGGUGUUUGUGGAUACGCCACUGGAAACAUGCGAGGAACGAGACACGAAAGGCCUGUACAAGAAGGCGCGCCAAGGUCUCAUCAGAGGUUUCACUGGGAUUGACUCUGCGUACGAACCACCCGAGAAGCCGGACAUUGUCUUGAAAACGGCAGAGUGCACGAAAGAGGAAUGCCUUGCGCAGGUGAUUGAUCACCUGCGAGAGCGUGGCAUUCUGCCCUACUCUGUGGUCAAGACCGUGCGGGAACUGUUCAUACCCGAGACGCAGCGUGAGUCUGCGCUGGCCGAGGCCAGAACACUGGAGCGUGUCCAAUUGACAAAGCUCGACCUGCAGUGGGUGCAGGUGCUGAGCGAAGGCUGGGCGUCUCCGCUGGGAGGAUUCAUGCGAGAGAAAGACUACCUGCAAUGCUUGCAUCACGCUAUGAACACGCAAGAAGGCAGCGUGAAUCAGUCCGUUCCAAUCGUUCUGCCCAUCUCUGACCAGGAUCGGGCGCGGAUUGCCAAGAAGUCUGCCGUUCUUCUGACCUACGGAGAUGACCAAAAACCAAUCGCAAUUGUGCGCAAUCCGGAGAUCUAUGCCCAUCGUCAAGAGGAGAGGAUGUGUCGCCAGUGGGGUGCAGUGUGUACCAGUCACCCCUAUGUCAAGAUGAUGUUUGAAGCUGGCAAUUGGCUGCUGGGCGGUGACCUGGACGUGUUUGAUCGCAUUCGCUGGAACGAUGGGCUGGAUGAGUACCGUCGCACCCCCAACGAGCUGCGCGCAGAGUUCUCCGCUCGUGAGGCCGAUGCUGUUUUUGCGUUUCAGCUGAGGAACCCCAUCCACAACGGUCACGCUUUGCUGAUGGAGGAGACCAAGAGCCGGCUGAUCAAGCGCGGAUAUAAGAAGCCUGUGCUGCUGCUGCAUCCGCUGGGCGGCUGGACAAAGGCGGACGAUGUCCCGCUGCCCGUCCGCAUUGAGCAGCACAAGGCUAUUCUGCGCGAGGGCGUGCUCAGCCCGGACUCGACCGUCCUGGCCAUCUUCCCCUCGCCCAUGAUGUACGCCGGGCCCACCGAAGUGCAGUGGCACGCAAAGGCCCGGAUAGCAUGCGGUGCCCAGUUCUACAUUGUCGGCCGUGAUCCGGCCGGUAUGCCGCACCCAGACACUGGCAAGGACCUGUACGAUGCAGCGCAUGGACGGGAGGUGCUGAAAAUGGCGCCGGGCCUGCCACAACUGGAAAUUGUGCCGUUCAAGGUCGCCGCGUACGACACCGAGAAGAAGAAGAUGGACUUCUACGACCCUGCUCAACCGGACAAGUUUGAGUUUAUUUCUGGUACCAAGAUGCGGCGCCUGGCUCGCGAUGGGGAGGAACCGCCGGCCGGUUUCAUGGCACCAGAGGCAUGGAAGGUCCUCAAGCACUUCUACCAAGGCUCGAGCGCUCAGAAGUCUUGAUGCGUCUCCUAACCAAUCGCCUGCUGGCCAAUCCAAGUGUUGUACUAAUGCAAUAUGGUGGUUGGCUGUCAGUGUAAGUAGAGCUUUGCUAUUGCUCCUAGUUUAUUGUGGCCUUUUUGUUCCAUUUUUGGGUAUUUUUACACUUUUCUUCAAUAUCCUCACUCAGCUAUAUUUUUCAAUGGUUCAAUUCGUGUAUUUUACCUUUUUUUUAGAAAGUUAUAGAAGGAGUAGGGGAUAUGUUCUAUCUCGGGAAUUAAUAGUGUUCUCUCCUUGUGCCGCCUGGUUAUUGCCACCCUCGCUAGAGUUGGGUUCCACGUCUGUGUCUCCGUGCGCAGAUGUGUGCAGUGUGUGUGUGUGUGUGUGUUGGUGAGUGUGAGUGCACACGUACGCACCUACCUUGUAAGCUGAUGUGCUAAUACAAGUAGAAGCUGAGAGACUCGUGUUCAUUUUUAUCACUAGCGCUUUAGUUCCUAGCCUUUAUAGGUAUUGACCAGGAGCAUUCUGCUUUAGCCAUUCUUUAAAUUAUAACGACCGUAUAUUCAGUUUUAUAACGGUAUCUGUUUUUUCUUCUUUUUACCUGAAUUUGGGUGCUUUGCUUUAGUAAUUUGGCCUCACGAUUACGCUGAGUAACAUCAGUAUGAUCUCGGUCAUGUUAGCAGCCUGCACAAUGACAACAAUACUGGUCAUCACCAUCUA